AUGUGUGAUGCAGAAAAAUCAAGUGAUGACCUAGUUGUACAAAACAGCUGUCUACAUAGUACUCGUGUUGGCAGUAUCACAUCUCUACAUUCCAUUUUGGAGCUGAUCAUUCACCAAAGAGAAAUUCGUACUGAGCGUAUUUUAUGUCACGGUUUUGACAGUGACAUCAUGAACGUGCAUAAUGUUUUCUGGUCUGAUUUGUUUACCCAAGCAUUUCUAUCACCGAACCUGGAGAAUCCACUCGAUGGACCAGGAGAUGAUCUUCUUUUUUUGUUCAUCAUAUUCAUCAAAAUGAUCAGAAGCCAGAAUUAA